AUGGCUUCGGCAACGGAAAGGAAGGGCAAGGUAUCCAAACGCUCAGCCAAUUCAUAUAGCACCGAUGAAUGGAAACAACACCGGCCACUAAUCACUCGCAUGUACUUUGAGGAUGGCCGGACUCUCAAAGAGGUUCGCGAGCAUCUUGAGAAGGAGUUUAAUUUCACCCCAAGUGAGCGGAUGUACAAGAGUCGUCUCCACUCUUGGGGACUCGACAAGAAAAAGAAGGAGCACGAGAUGCUCGAGAUUGUUCGUCUAGGCUCGCAGCAGCAAGGUGAUAGCAAGGACAAGACCUUCGUUAUUCGUGGUCGGACUGUCACGCUGGCCGAUGCUCUUCAUUACUUCAACCGAAAGGGAAUCAAAGACCCGACUACUUUACUUGAUCAGCAGCUCGAUGGCUCUGACCCGCAUGGCGAGUUGUCUUCGCCCGAAGAUGGUGACGUCCAAACCCCUCUAUCGGCUCACGGGGAUAUGCUUGAUAGUGCUGCCAAAGGCGACUCGGACUACGACUUCCUAGCUUCUCCCCCACCACAAAGGCAUAUCAAACCGCCUACAUCUAUACCUCUUCACUUUCGUCCAGCCGAUAUCGCGGAGCGUCGGCUGGUGGCUCUACAGACUGCGCUCGGUGUUCCGGAACUCAAACCAAUGCCUGCCUUUCGAACAUUGUCAGUAGAGUCGGUGGUCGCCUCGAAUAAUCUCCCGCCCGAGGAUGGCCGCUACGUUGAUGCAAUCUACCUCCAAUUGCAGGCACACUACCGCGAGAUCUUCGCUUCGCGAAACCUAUCUGUCAACAGCUCCUGGACAGCAACAUCAGAUAAUGCCGGCGCCGACCAUUUCUAUUACCAGAUGUAUCAAGGCUACUCGAACCUUUGGAAUGGGCAGAAGGACAAGGCGUUUGAGUUGUUCCUUUCUGCUGCCGAACUUGUCGAAGGACUCAUAAAGAAUAACCACGUCGCGUUUUUGAUCUAUGUGCUGGACCUUGUAGUUCGGCAUGACGGGUCUGGCCAUGAAGAGCCUCUGAUGAUGAUAUUGCAACAUGUCGCUGAUAUGGCUCGAACAGUCUACGAAUCGGAAUCAGCACCGAUCUACCUGGUCGCAAUGUAUCUCAAGAAUUCCAGGAAUGGACGGGCUGGACUAGCAGAGGCAGCCAUGAGAAGACUAUUGGACUUCUUCCAAGAUAGCAUUGGGUAUUUCCACUCGGAGACAAUCGCUCUCCUGCAGACCUUUGCAACAGCAUUGCUCAAUCGAAAGCGAUAUGCCGAGGCAGCUGUUAGAUUUCAGCAGCUUGUUGAUGCAUUCGAGACUACGCAGGGAAAGCAUUGCUACGAAGUAUGUUACGCACUGCGGACUACAUCGGAAGCCUACUUCCACAUGGGCCAAUAUGUCGAAUCCCUCCAGGCUUUGAAGGCUGCGCUUGCCCGGACUGAAGGCCUUCCACGAGCAGAAGAGAGAGAGAUAUACGUCCGCUGCUUACGAGGAAUGGCCGAGAUCUCGAAUAAGCUGGGCCGCCGUCAAGAAGCCAUUGAGACCAUGCACCACGUUGUGGAUUGCACGCAAGAAGCCUUCGGCGCGGACCAUCCCUUUACAUCUCGCGCGAAGAUGCAUCUGAAGACCACGCAAAAGGGUGAUAGCGAUGAAGUGUCCAGCAUUCCGCCCAUGGUCUACCGCCUCGGGCGGGGAGGUAAAGCGGCCAACUAUGUUUGGGUGACUAGAAGCAGUCCAACAAGAUUGGCACCGUGA